AUGGGGGAACAGAGGACCACAAACGGCAAGAAUGGCACCUCCACAGCUUGUGUGCCAAACAGUCACCCAGAGAAGGCUGAAGAGGUGGAAGGAAGGGGGCACUGGGGAACCAAAGCCGAGUUCAUAUUGACUGUGAUGGGUGCGAUCAUUGGACCCGGCAAUGUGUGGAGGUUCCCCUACCUGUGCUACAGAAACGGAGGAGGUGUGUUUUUCAUCCCAUAUAUCUUGUUCAUAUUCACGUGCGGGAUCCCCCUCUUUUUCCUUGAAACUGCCUUGGGACAGUACACUAGCCAGGGGGGAAUUACUUGCUGGAGAAGGAUUUGUCCGCUCUUUCAAGGCAUGGGCUAUGCCAGUCACUUAAUCAUCGCAUUCAGUGCAACAUCUUAUAUUAUAAUCCUGGCAUGGGCGUUCUUUUACCUGUUCCAGUCUUUCAGUGGGGAUUUACCUUGGGCCACAUGUGGACACUACUGGAACACAGACUCAUGCUUGGACUUAAGCCAUCUGAAUCUGAGUAUGACGUCCAGACUGAACACUACUCUUCCUGUUGUGGAGUUUUGGCAGCGUCGGGUUUUAAAGGUCUCUGGUGGUAUUGAGGAAGUUGGGGGCUUGCGAUGGGAACUGGUCCUUUGUCUCAUCCUCAGCUGGAUUAUCUGCUACUUUUGUGUUUGGAAGGGUAUCAAGUCGACAGGAAAGGCAGCCUACUUUACAGCAACCUUCCCCUAUGUCAUGCUAUUUGUUUUGCUUAUACGUGGUGUUACCCUCCCAGGGGCAAAGGAUGGGAUCAUUUAUUACCUCUACCCUGACAUCUCUCGCCUGUUAGAUGCCCAGGUGUGGAUGGAUGCUGGCACUCAAAUCUUCUUCUCUUAUGCCAUUGGCCUUGGUUUCCUCACUUCUCUUGGGAGUUAUAACACUUACAACAACAACUGUUAUAAGGACUGUUUCUACUUGUGUCUGCUGAACAGUGCCACGAGCAUUGUGGCAGGCUUUGCCAUUUUCUCUGUGUUGGGUUUCAUGACAUAUGAACAAGGAGUGGAUAUUUCUGAAGUAGCAGAAUCAGGUCCAGGGUUGGCAUUCAUUGUUUACCCCCGUGCUGUAGCCAUGAUGCCAGUGCCCCAAGUGUGGUCGGUGUGUUUCUUCCUCAUGAUCAUUCUGCUUGGGUUGGAUAGUCAGUUUGUUGGUCUGGAGUGUGUGAUGACAUCACUGGAUUACUGCUACUGUGGUGUAUACUUUAUGAAUGAUGCCUUUGAGUUGGGGGAGUUGUAUCUGGGGAUUGCGUGGGCUGCAUUUGGCCACAGUUUCCAUGCUAAGUAG